AUGGCGAAAUACAAGAAAGGUAAAGAAGCAAAAUAUGCCGACGUCAUAGCGGAUGACGAUGACGAUGAUGUUUUACCGGUUGCUCGAAAAAUUGCAGAAACAACAAAAGAAGUAGAUCAACCUGUACAUUCGUCGCAUUUCGAUCUCGAUGAUAAACCAUUCUCAGCAAUCAACAAGGCAAUUCUUCCAACAUACAUCGAGGAUUCGCAUGACUUGUUUGACAUAUUCGGAUUCAGAAAGAAAAACGAUGUGGUUGAGAAAAAAACUGACGAAGAUGAACCGACGACAUCGACUAUCGAGAAUAGUGCUCACAAAAUGAAAUUCAUUUCUCUUAUUCAAGAUGUGCACACUGAAGUGAAAGAUGAUGUACUGUGGUCGCAUGUUUUGGGACCUGAAUUAAAAACUGAACGGUUUGAGGAACUUCUGAAGCAAGGAGGAAUACCACAUUCAAUGCGCCCGUAUUUAUGGCCAAGGUUGUGCGGUGCGACGAAAAAACAGAAAGAGGCGAAAUAUAAUUAUGAGAGCGUUUUGCGGCAGUGCGCACUGGACAAACCGUCAAUUGGAGUGCAAAUUGAGCGCGAUUUAAUGAGAACCUUGCCCAACAAUAUUUGUUUUUGGAAGAAAAACUCGCAUGGAAUCGAUGCGCUUCGGCGAAUAUUGAAAUCGGUGGCAUUCAUUUACCCUGACCUGGGAUAUUGUCAAGGGAUGGGUGUCAUUGCUGCAAAUUUGUUGCUCUAUUGCUCGGAAGAAACGACGUUUUGGAUAAUGACGGCAUUGAUUGAGGAUAUUCUGCCACCAAAUUAUUACAGCCAAACCCUAUUAGGGUUGCAGGCUGAUGAAAGGGUGACCAGACAUCUGAUGAAAUGUCAUGUUCCUGACUUGAAUAAAGCUUUGGACGAUUAUGAAGUGGAGAUAUCUCUUCUAACAGUUAAUUGGCUUUUAACAUUGUUUGGAUCAGUAUUCCCAACGGAAGUCUUACUAAGAGUUUGGGACUUUAUUUUCUACUCAGGCGGUGUGAACAUAUUUCGAGUGAUUAUAUCGAUAUUCAAAAUGAGAGAAGAGGAGCUGGUAGAGAUUGCGAACACGACAAAGUCAUCUGCGGACAUAUUCACGGCUUUGAGUCGACUUCCAACAACGGUUCAAGACGUGGAAAAGGUCAUUGAGUAUAUGGGUUCAUUUGAGUUUACAAUAACAGAUCAUCUCAUAACAGAAUUAAGGAAAAAACAUCAGGCAAUUCUCAUGGCAGACCAAGGCAUGAUUGUGAAUACAUCAACGGAUACAAACUUGCCAAAGCAGACCACCAAGCGUCGAAAACUGACAAGGUCAAAAUCCAUUAUUAAACAAAUAUUCAAUUCAAAGGAUGAACCGAACGACCCGAAAAUGAAAAAUAUUCGUCAAACGGAAAUACUUGUCGAUUUGAAGGAGUCAGUUCUUCAGAUAUGCCGCUAUUUUAUAUCAUGCGAUGAAAAAAUGGAAAUGAAUGUUUGCACACAGGCUGAUUACAGUCCAGAAUCGCAUAAAAAAGACAUUGAAAAUUAUCUAAAAGGUCGCCGAGAGGGCGCGCGUCGUGCAAGAGCGUUGCUCGAUUUUGCACGACAGGAGGAUGACGAGCUUGGAUUUCGAAAAAAUGACAUUGUGACAAUUAUCAGCGAGAAGGAUGAGCAUUGUUGGAUUGGAGAAGUCAAUGGGCUCCGUGGAUGGUUUCCGGCAAAAUUUGUGGAGGUCGUCGAUGAGCGUGGCAAAAGUUACACAAUCUAUGGGGAUGAAGCUGUGUCGCCGGAAAUAACGGAAUACAUUCGAGGUCGUCUGGCUAAUAGUUUCCGGCAAAUCAUGGAUCAUGGGAUUCGAGAAAACGUACUUUAUUCAUCAGUUGCAUAUCAUCCCUGGUCGUUUGUAGAGGACAUUGCAUACUAUUCUGUCGAGAAAAAUUUCAAUUCCGUGUACUCUCGUCUCACUCUUUGCAACACGUUCAACUUGGAUCAGGACGGAAAGAUUCUGACCCCCGAGGAACUACUAUUCCGUUCGGUUCAGCUAGUCAACGAUUCACAUAAUUGCGUAUCUGCCCAUCCCGAUGUUAAAUUGAGAAGUCUUCUUGUUCUUGGCGUAAACGAGCAAUGCCUUCAUUUAUGGUUCGAGCUGUUCUGCUCAGCAACGUCUCAUGAGCACAUCCGCAACAAAUAUUAUCAUAGUUGGGCAUUUAUUCGCUCACCGGCUUGGCGGCAAAUCAAGUGUGAUCUUCGGCUGCUAAGCCAAUUCUCGUUCAAUUUAAGUAUGACGUUUGAAAUCGAUGGAAUAGAUAAGAAGAAAAAGAAAGCGUCAAACGGGCUUCUGACAAGCCAUAAGAAGAAGAUUCUGUCUACUGUUGUCUCCUCAUCUCAAGAAGGAAAGAGCAACAGCGAAGAGCCAUUGAAACAGGGCGUGACUGACAUGUUAAUCAAACAUCAUCUAUUCAGUUGGGAUCUUUAA